CAAAAAGCAGCACCAUGAAAAAUAUGAACGGGUUUCAGUUGUUUCUUUUAUGGUGUCUAAUUUAUAUUGAAAGUAUUGGCUGCCAUUGGAAUUAUCAACCACCACCAGUACGGAUCCAAACCUACCCAUACUACAACCAAAACCAACAAUCGCCGUAUUACCAAACUAGUACGAACCAUUUUGGACCACCGUCAAAUGCACAAAGUAGCACAAUCUCGCAGCAUGCUGGUCCGCCUGGAAUUGGACAAUCUGGACAAUUACCUAAUAACGCAUACGACUACUGGGUUCCUAAUCAAAACCAACGACAAGAAUCGCAAAAUAAUCCAACUGGUACGAACUAUUUCGGACCACCCUCAAAUGCAGGAAGCACCAUUUCGCAAUAUGCCGGACCUCCUGCAAUUGGACAAUCUGGACAACUACCAAAUUUCACUUACAGUGGUUGAGUGAUGGAGAAUAUAAUUGAAUGAAAAUGUAGAUAUAGUAGGUAUAUACAUUUAUGUUGGUUUACCAUAAUUUUUUCUGAUCAAUAAUUUAAAAAUAAUAUCAAAAUUCACAGUUCA